AUGAAAGAAACGAUCGUGAACCAGGAAAAACUCGCCAAACUGCAGGCACAAGUGCGCAUUGGUGGGAAAGGAACUGCUCGCAGAAAAAAGAAGAUAGUUCACAGAACAGCCACAGCAGAUGAUAAAAAACUGCAGGUCUCCUUAAAGAAGUUGGGGGUAAACAAUAUCUCUGGUAUUGAAGAGUUGAACAUGUUUACAAACCAAGGGACAGUGAUACAUUUUAACAACCCUAAAGUUCAGGCAUCUCUGGCAGCAAACACCUUCACUAUUACGGGUCACGCUGAGACAAAGCAGCUGACAGAAAUGCUACCCAGCAUCCUAAACCAGCUCGGUGCAGACAGUCUGAUUACUUUGAGGAGACUGGGAGAAGCUCCGCCCAAACAAUCUGUGGAUGGAAAAGCACCACUUGCUACUGGAGAGGACGAUGAUGAUGAGGUUCCAGAUCUGGUGGAGAAUUUUGAUGAAGCUUCUAAGAACGAGGCAAACUGA